AUAAAGCCAGAUUGAAGGAUGCAGGACUGUCUGCUCAGGACCCAUAUGAUCCCAGUGAGGGAUGAUGAAGCGGAGUCUCAGAGGAAGGCCAAAUCACGACAGGCCAGACGGACUCGCAGAGCUACACAGGGAGUUACACUUUCAGAGUUGAUGGAGGCAAAGAAAACCUUCAGCCCAUCAAAGUUGGACAUGGGAUCAGAUGAUGUGUGUAGAUCCACUGAGGGAAAGUGUUUUCAGAGAAGAGUUCACGAGGACCAAAGAGAAUCCAGCUCCUCUUCACUGGUGCAGAAUCAGCUAUCUGAGGAACACACAAGUCAUGAGUCCACCCGUGAACAUCUAGAUGAGGGCUUCCUGGGGGAAAAGCUGUUGAGCAGUCUGGCGGAGCGGGCUCUGAUGCUCCAGUAUCUUCUUGAUGGUGGUGUGAGAAUCAAUGUAAGAGUAGGAGAGAAAGGGCAGGAACCAAAGUGGGUGAGAGAAAGGGUGGGUUUGGGAAAGGACCACGAGCCGGGACUCAAACUCGGGUCACCCAGACCGCAACAGCGCCAUGUGAGGGACAUUGCUGGGGUUGGUACAGAUGUGAAGAUAGAGUCCAGAGAAGACUCCAUCCUAAACAUCCAGACACCUGAGCGGAUUUAUCAAAUGAUGCUACCAGGUGUCAGACUAGUGGAGGCAUCAUGUCAGAAAAUUCCAGAGAUCACUGAACAUGGAUCCCACAUUAGGCUGUGUGUGCAGGUCAACCAGCCAUUAGAGAAUGCCAGCAGUGUGAUUGGACAGCUGAAGGUUAAGGAGACAUACUCCUUCCUGUGCCAAUCUUGUGGGUGUAUGGUGCUUCAAGACAGGGUUUUUAAGCGAGUUCUUCCUUUGCCUAAUGGAAACUGGAAUGCUUUAGUGGAUGACUGGUGCUGCCACCCUGAUCCCUUCGCCAACAGACGACUGCUCCCACGAGAUGAGGACUGUCUACUUGGUGAUACAUAUAUUCUGUUGGCCCGGGACAGCGGCUGUGAGCAGACCCUCACACAGCAUGCCAGCUCAAUUUACAAAGACUCUCAAGAGCAGAAGCUCAGCGGACAGCGUGUGUCGGUCACCUGUAGGCACUGCUGUAUAACACUGGGAGAGGAAAUCACUUCAGAGGUGCUGAAGCUUUACAUAACUGAAAUAUUAGUAGAGCCAAGUAAAGAUGGGAAGUUUGAAGAAACUUCGCACAAUUUAGUGCCCGAGUCAAAUUCAACAAGGUUAACAAGACAGCGAUUCUUGGAGCAAACUUUAGCCUCCAGGCUGGUCGAACUUUCAUCUGCACAAAGUAUAUUUCGGUUUUCCAUUCAAAAUCCAGAUGGAAAAGCCAUGAUUUUGGUGUGGCUUCUGAACACGGACACUCUGGUCGCCUCAUUUCCUGAUGCAGUGGUAAGCUUCGUCGCAGAUGACGUUCAUCCUGAAGCGAGUCAGCCAUGCCAGGCGGUUGGAGCUGUCAAAGUCUUGUAUUUCUUGUGCUCUGACAGCAAACACAAAGACAUUAUAGAUGUCUGGGAGAAGGACAUCAGUGUGCACCCUUUGCUGCUUCCUCAGAGCUCAUGUGAGGUGCUCCAGACACUUCUGAUCUCCAGCACCUCCAGGCUGCCUCCACUCAUGCGCUACAUGAACUCAUAUCAGGUGGCAUACAUGCGGAUGUGAUAAAUACAUCUCAAUAACAUAUUGAUCCAGAUGGUGUCUCCAGUUUCUCAUCAUAUACAUUACUUAAGGAAAAGCUUCCAGAUAGACUUUUAUGGGCUGUAAACAUGUUACAUUGCAAGUUGAUAUUAAAAAUGUUUUGUGCAAAACCCUGUUGUGUUGUAUUUUGUUCUAGUGGCUAAAGUUUUGUUAUCAAGUCUGCAUGAUAAACUGAUAAAGUGGACAUAAGGUGUGUUUAAUUUAGAUUUGAAGGAUGUACUUCACAUUGGUGUGUGGCCGUUUGUGUCACAGAUACAUCAUUAAAUGCACAUUAAAAAUCAUUCAUGCACUCUUAACAUGAGUUAAUUUAGUUCACUUUCUAUCUCAAUAAUAGUGUUCUUUGCCAGAGGAGGAAAGUUUAUCUUUGAGCAACAGAGUUUGUGAUGGAAAACACUGUGUCCCCAGUCAUGACAGUAAUUUAUUCACAGUGCUCUCUGCAUAUGCUGUGCUUAAUACCACAUUAUGAUUUAGAUGUCUGAUGACAAGUGGGAACACACUUCACCUUUUAAAACUUCUCCAUGUUUGCUCAUCAAAGUUUGCUUUGUGUGGAAUGCACAUAUAUAAAAGACCUUUUAGUUUAAAAUAGUUAAUUGCAUAGAAGUUUCUGCAUUGAACCCACAUUAAGCAAAAAUAUUUUCCAAUCUUAAACAAAAAAAAAUGUGUAUUAGAAUAAGUUGUUUACUAAGGCAAGAUUUAGUACUAUUCUUCAUACUUCGGUUGAACAAACCUCUAAUCUUUAGUAGUAUGACAUGUGUAUUGAUAGAUCUGGAUAGAAACAUACACUUGUUUCUUGUUUUAUUUCAUUUAGUUAUUCUAUUUCGUUUGUCUCAUUUGUUACAAUGUUCAUCUAUCGUAUGUAUUCAUUCAUUUAUUUUGUUGUUCACUUCUAUUCGUAUUAUUUGUUCCUUACUUUCCUGUUGUUUAACCUCGUUGGGAGUUGUAUUGUCUCUUAUGCUGAUAUGAGUAUCCAAUGGACUCCAUCUCAAGGUUCAUAAUAACGUCAUGAGACAAUGUUUUGAUACUGUAAUCUUGAAUGGUUAAAAACACACAUUGAAUAUGUUUCUAGUCAGACGAAGUUUGACAGCUUGACUGAGCAUUAAAGCACAACUGAGAUUAUUCAAUAAAUCAUUUUUCAGUUUAUUUAACAUCACUUCGUCUCCUGCCUGCUGUUCUUCCCUUCAGCUCUGUAUCUCCCUGGUGGUUGGGUUAAAGUAUUGACUCACAAUGGAGUUGAUUUUCCAGGUUUAAUAAGUUCCUGACGGAGAGAGAUUUAGUGAAACUGGACUCAAAUUUUAGAUCUAAAAGAUCUACAAGCCAUAUCCCAAGUUGGAUCUAUCAGUAUAUAAACUAUUUGUGCAACAAACAUCUCGUAUUGUUUGACAGAGGACAGAAUGAACAAAACAUCCCAUUGAUUUAUAUCAAAGGAGGGAUAGAAUCAACCCCAGAAUCAGCAGGACUUGAACUGGUAAUUGAUCCGGCGUGGGAGUUAGGCACUCUAACAAGUACGUCUUAAAGCAACACUAUAGAACUUUUGUUCACAGUUCCCCCAUGUGGUUGAUAAGUGUAAUUGUCUGUUACCAGUGUUGUAAAUCAUGGUUCUGUAUAAGUGCAAUUCGCGUGAAAUUAGCAAACCAAUUACUAAGCUGAUGGAGCCGGCGAAUGCAGAAACGUUUGGAAGCCAUGUUGCACUCUUCCACAGGCAGGGGAUGGGACCCGAUCACAGAACUUACAAAGUGUGGUUGUAGCCGCUAUGAGGCUGCUCAGAUAGUAGCGGCAUUAGAAUUCGUCUGGUUAAGGCCAUGAACACACUUGACGUCUUUUUUGACAAGAAAAAGUUGACGAGCGCUUUUUUAGUAAAGAAAAAAUGCUGGCAGCAUUUGUGCAUGAAGACAGCUCAGCACACAGGAUUCAUAUAGGCAGAGUAACGGAAGUCUAUUUGAAUUAUAAACAGACAGUCCUUGCAAAAACCAACCACAUAUUUUAAAACAACAGUACUAAUUUCUCGCUAGAAAUGCAAUCGAAAGUUAAUUAAAGGUGAAAAAUAAACUUUAAUUCAUAUAAAAAUAUGUUCAAAGCAGCGCUUUGGCCGCCAUUAAAAUUUUUUAGAGAAAGAUCCUGCUCGACCAAUCACCUUCCUCGCAUGUUGUUAUGGAAACGACAGGUCUCGCUACUCGCUUGUCAUUGGUCAGCUGUCAGAAAAGAUGCUUGACGUAGGGCGUUUUCUUCAGAAAAGUUUAACUUUUUUCAACUUAAAAAGGCGCUCGGAGCUGCAGAAAAAGACGCCGGCGUUUAAAAAAGCACUUGUGACUAUUUUGGAAAACACGGUUUACUCCAUAGGAGUAUAAUGUAAAACAAACCCUGGCAGCUUCAAAAAAGAAUUCAAGUGUGAACAUGGCCUAAGACCGCUGAAAUGAUUUUAGAGACAUUAUUUUAAGGUCGAAAAACUACAAAGUGUUGCUUUACGAUUGGGGAGCUCUCUCACACUAGGUAUCAUCCAUUACACCAGUGUCACUAUUAGCACCUGCGUAUGUUAUUGUUUUCAAAGGAUUUUGGAUUUUACAGGACUGGAGCAAAAGAAAGAGUAAAUUAACUAUUGCCUAUUAGAGUAAAGAAAGUAUUGACGUAGUGGUCUGAAUUUUGAGCCGCGAUUUUCUGAAUGCCUUUACUGUUUGAAGCUGUGGGCACGGUUAGCUUUAGAAUUAAUAAGUCAAAAAGCUGGCAAUGUUCAUGGGGUUAACUAUUUUUUACAUGGCUGUAAAGCAAAUAGGUUUUAGGAAUAUUGCCUCUGAUUUUAGAGAGGGAUCAUGAGUGUUUGAUGAGGAAGUGGAUACAGGGAUUUGUAUGAGGUGAGUAUGUCUAUUUAUAGGAACAGUGAUUGUUAUAUUAGCCAAUUAAUAGAGUGCACUGGUGUGGGCUAUGAAGGGAAGAAUAAGCCAAUGAAACAUAUGUGCUGGUGAGCUGUCACAGAUUUCUUCUCAAGUCUAAGAAUAGCACUGGUUCAUUAAUUGUACAAAACCACACUAACUGUUCUCUGACUUUAAUAAGGCCCACUUAAUAUACUAUUCACAACGUGGACAAACCCAUGAAUCAGCAACUAUAAGUCAUACAGUAUUCAUAUCAGGAAUGGCACUUUCCUUUUCAAUGGGCUUCAAUGAAUUUCAACAUUCUUUAAGAAUGAAAAUCCUGCUUUCAAGGAAGUCUCUGCCCUUUAUUGUAUUUGUUUUGCCACUGGUCCACCAGUUGUCUGGUUUUAAAAAUUGGUUAUACAAACUUUACAAAAUAUGACUACAUAGAGUAAGGAACUUUAGUUUAGCACCUCAUCGAUAUAUUGAAGUAUUAAGACUGCCCUGUUGAUCGCCCUGUUAAUUAGUCACAUUGUCCUUGGGUGUGUAAGGCACCACCCGCUGGUCCAAUGACGGUAUCCAGAGGCGUGGCGAAGGCUUCACACGUGUUCUUGUCUUUCCUUUGUUUAGUGAAACAAUAUUUGAAUGAAAGCAUAUUUCAUUCAAUUACCUCCAUUUUAUCUGACUCCAAUUUAAUAAUAUCUUGACUUCUCAUUUAGUUUACAUUUAACUUUUAUCAUUAAUAAUUGUGAAAUUUGGAUGGAUGUCUGAUUCCUCUGUUUUAUUCUAAAUUACACUCCUUCAUCCGAUUCUCAAUGUCGCUUAGAGUCUCGCGCUGGCCGUUAUACGCGGAGCUCACGGUCACAAACUCUCCAGUCUUGGUCACCUGCCAGAGGUACGGCUGCAAAUAAAACUCAUUGUUACAAAUAUGGUAGAACAAUAACUUCAACUACCAAAGAUGCGUUUCUCGAUAAUCUGCCCGAAUUGUCUCAAAUCGCUAGCAUGAGAAAUAACGUUGAAGAUCUUGACACUACCACUGAAAAUUUUAAUUCCACCUUCUCAGUAACGCUAG